GGGAGGGGUGGGGGUUCAAAAAAAAAGAGGGCGACCACGGAUGAGUCGAGCGACCAGCCCCAGCAGCCCCCUGCUACCAUGCCGAACCAGAAGAGUGUCAAGGGCAGGAAAAACAAGCGCACCAACAGCAGCGGCGACGAGCAGGAGGCGGCGGCCGGGGCGGCUGCAUGCAUCGCAGGAGCCGGAACAGCAGCGCCGGGGGCCAGCGGAGCCACGGCCGGCCAGCCGGAGACAGGCAACGAUCACGAGGCGCCCUGUGCAACGCCGCUGGUGUGCGGGCUGGGCCGGGCCGUGGAGCUGGACAAGGACGAUCACCAGCGGGUGGUCUGCAACAACGAGCAGUGCCCCUUCGGCAACUGGAUGCACUUCCAGUGCUUCUAUGAGUGGGAGAGCAGCAUCCUGGUGCAGUUCAACUGCAUCGGCCGUGCCCGCAGCUGGAACGAGAAGCAGUGCCGCCAGAACAUGUGGAACAAGAAGGGCUACGACCUGGCCUUUCGCUUCUGUUCCUGCCGUUGUGGCCAGGGCCACUUGAGGAAGGACGUCGACUGGUUCCAGUCGCGCCGGCGGGCUGACGACAGGAAGAAGAAGCCGGCGGUCCCCAAGGCAGGGGAAGGGGCUCUGGCGGUGGCUGAGGACGGGAAAAAGUGCAAACUCCACCGCCCCGCCAGGCCGCCCCACGAGGGGAGCGGGCUGGGCCAGCAGCGCCGGCUCUCUGCGGACCGCCAGACCCUGACCCAGGACAAGGCCCCGGCAGGCAGCUCGCCACCCCAGGCCACACAGGCCCAGGCCCCCACCCCCCGCGGCCCCCGGCACCUGGGAGACUUCCUCAAGACAGCGCUGCAGGCCGAGGCUUGUCGCAAGCUGCUGCCCGGGGGCCCUCGGCUGGCCCAGGUUGAGCUGGGCCCGGCGGGCGGGGGCGUGGCGGUCGCAGGAGGGGCGGGAGGCGGCCGGCUGGAGCCUGCCGUCCAGUUCUUACGGCGGCUGGACCUCUCAGAGCUGCUGGCCCACGUGCCCAAGCACAAGAUGAACACCUACCAUGUGCGUAUGGAGGACGACGCCCAAGCCGGCCAGGGCGAGGACCUGCGUCGGUUCAUCCUGGCGGCGCUGAGCGCCAGUCAGCGCAACGUCGUCCACUGUGCCCUCUGCCAUCGCGCACUGCCCGUCUUUGAACUCUUCCCGCUGGUCGAUGGCACCCUUUUCCUCAGCCCCUCCCGACAUGACGAGAUUGAGUAUGACGUUCCCUGUCACCUCCAAGGGAGGCUCAUGCACCUCUACGCCAUUUGUGUGGAUUGCCUGGAAGGAGUGCACAAGAUAAUUUGCAUCAAAUGCAAGUCACGGUGGGAUGGCAGCUGGCAUCAGCUGGGAACCAUGUACACGUACGAUAUCCUUGCUGCGUCUCCAUGCUGUCAGGCUAGACUGAACUGCAAGCACUGUGGGAAACCUGUCAUCGAUGUGAGGGUGGGCAUGCAAUAUUUCUCAGAAUACAGCAACGUCCAACAGUGUCCGCACUGCGGCAACCUGGACUACCACUUUGUAAAACCCUUUUCCUCCUUCAAAGUGUUGGAAGCUUAUUGACGAAUGCUUUCUUUUUUUUCCUUUCUAGAGUAAUUCUUUACGUAGAGGUGUAAUACCUUGUUUCUGACUCGGUUGCUUGUCUGUAAGUCUUUACCCAGUGUUAGCCAUUGGUUGUGUGGUGGAACUGGGGACGGAGGUUGGCUGUGACAGGAGGCUUUGCUGAAAUGGGCAGGGUUAGCCUGUUCCAAGUGAAGAAGAUUUUCAUACAAGCAGCUGUUAGGUUAGUUUGAGACUGUAUUCUCCAAGGCUGGAUUCCAACCUCGAAAAGAAUGGCAAAGGGUGUUUAUUUUUGCAGUUGCUGUUGCAACUUGGUGCUUGACGGUUGAAUGUACGUAACUAUACUCCAUGGCCAGUGGCUUUCCUCUUCUCCUUGGGUAUUUCCCUGGCCUUAUCGAAGUUUGUUCAAGACCCAGUUGUGAAGUGUUGCGUUUACAGAGAAGUGUUGAUCAAGUGCAAAGGAGAGGGAUUAAAGAGGUUUGCUGCUCUUAGUAGAAAUGACCCCCAGUUUAAGACUCACUUCCCCAAGCUCGCAGCACAUACACUCUGGCCACUUUAUUAGGUACACAAGUGGAACCCAGUGUGGUCUUCUGCUGAAGUCCAUCCACUUCAAGAUUCAACAUGUUGUGCAGUCAGAGAUGUUCUUCCACACCCCACUGUUGUAAUGUGUGGUUAUUUAAGUUAUAGUUGCCUUCCUGUCAGUUUGAACCAGUCUGGCCAGUCUCCUCUGACCUCUCUCAUUAAUAAGUUGUUUAUGCUCAAAGAGCUGCUGCUCACCGGAUGUUUCUUGGUUUUCACACCUUUAUAAACUCUGGAGACAGUUCUGUGUGAAAAUCCCAGGAGAUCAACAGCUUCUGAGAUACUCAAACCACCCCAUCUGGCACCAACAAUCAUUCCAUGCUCACUCUCACUUAGAGAAUAUUUCUUCCUCAUUCUGAAGUCUGGCCUCAACAACAACCUCUUGACCAUGUCUGCAUGCUUCUGUGCAUUGAGUUGCUGCCAUAUGAUUACCUAAUUAGAUACUUGCAUUAAUAUGCAGGUGUACCUAAUAAACUGGCCUCUGAGUGUGGAGUAGGCAUGUUACCAAGUCUUCUCCUGCCCAUUCUCUGGGACCUAAGAGUUGGCUAGAGUUGUCUCUUUUGUUGAUUGUAAUUUCUCACUUGGAAUCUGUUGACCAACUCUCUGGCAUGUGGAUGCCUCCUCUGGUACCAGCUCUUAAUGAAUUUUGUGAGAAGAUGGCAGCUUUUGUCCACUAGGGGCUCAUCUGACCAUCGGGGGUACAUUCAUCUAGUCAGUGAUAAGGAGCGGAGACCCUGAUGUGGCCAGUUAACUUGAUGGAAACCGUCCACUGUGAAUGAAGUCUUGGGGUUUGUAUCAAUUGAUAUUUCUGCUAGAAGUUUCAACAUACUUAUUUUAUUCCACUCCCCAAUCCUGUUCCAACAUGUCGGUCCACGGCCUCCUCUACUGCCACGAUGAGGUCACUUUCAGGAGGAGCAAUACCUCAUAUUCUGCUUGGAUACCCUCUAAUCUGAUGGCAUAACCAUCAAUUUCUCUAACUUCUGGUAAUUUGAAUCCUCACCCCUUCUCUCCUUUUCAAUAUUCCCCUUUCUGGCUCCCCUCUUACCCUUUCUCUUCUUGCCUACUCAUCACCUCCCCCAGUGCCCCUCCUCCUUCCCUUUCUCCCAUAGUCCACUAUCCUCUUAACAGUUUCCUUCUUUAGCUCUUUCAGCUUUUCCACCUAUCACCUGCCAGCUUCUCACUUCAUCCCAGCCUCCCUCACCAGGUCUGACUUCUCACCUGUCAGCCUGUUCUCUCUCUCCCCGCCCCCCCACCCCACUGCCCAUCUUAUUCUGGCUUCUUCCCCCUUCCUUUCCAGUCCUGGUGAAGGGUCUUGUCCCUUCAUCGACGCUGCCUGACCUGCUGAGUUCCUCCAGCAAUUUGUGUGGUAUUCCAAAUACUUCAGAAUGCAGUAACCCAGAGUGGAGUUUGUAGUCUGUUGGAGUGCAGUAUCAGUGACGACGUGGCUGAUAAAGCUGUUGGUGCUGGGCUAGGUUUUGAAGAGGCAGUGAAGAGAAUGGUUCUGUUUUACUGUGAAUUAGCACCAAAUGACAGAGGCAUCCACCAUUGGGAUUGAGUGGAAGAGUCCACCUAGAAUCUGUGUCCAGGGUAUUCAGUCAAGACUUGCGCUCAUAGACAUCUGGUUCAUCAGCAGGGCCCUUUCCUCCAUGCUGCAGCUGAUUGAUUAAUAAAUCGAAUAUCAUUCUUGUGUUGUGUCUGAGAUUGAGAACCCCUGAACUUGGUGCUCCCUGUCACUUUAAUUCUCCAACCCUUGCUUUGUCUCCUGUCUUUGGUUUUGUAAUCUGCAGUUUAUUCUCCAACGUGGUUGAUCAUAACCUUCAGGAUCAGUGAUGUCCUCAACUGUUUCAGAUAAUCAACUCUUCUGACAUAACUAGUAUUGUCUCCUUAUCUCCCCUUUCAUCUUUGCCCUCCCUCCUUCCACCCUCUGCCCUCCUCCCUCAUCCCUCUCCUCUUGCACUCUCUUCUCCUCUCCUGCUAUUGAACUUUGCCCUAGAUUCCAAUUCUUGCUAGUUCUCUACAGGGAGUAGCCUGGAGUAGGUGUGAUGAACAGAUCAUUAGGUUGGCCUUGGACUGAAAAUAUCUUCCCUCCAAAUGGAGUCACUUCUCCUCACGUAUUAAUGAAGAUAUUUUAUUGAUGAUCUCGCGCUGCUUGUUCCAGUCAAGAAUAUACAGAAUAUAAAUUGUUUAUUUGAAAAAUAAAGUAUUAUUUUUGCAUUAGAAAAGGGUGUGUGUGUCUGAGAGAAUGUGUGUUUGAGCUAAUAUGUUCACAGGAAGAGUUGGUAUAUUGUUGUACGUGUAUGCGUUUGUACCCCUGCUGUGUAACGCGAGGUACGUGGCUGCUUUAGGCCUCGUGCAUUUACUGGGAUACCUUGUCACUCUGCUUGUGAAAGGGGAAUGGCAGUUGAGGGUUUGAGGAUAUCGUUGUGGUGUAAAGCUUCUUGUUUUGGUGGUAAAAGCCACAUUCCCACAUUUGGUUAAGAGCACAUUUUUACUUGCAAUAAAUUAUGGCAAGAAACCUUUUUA